CGUCUCCCAUCUCCUUCGUCGCCUCAAUCUCUUUGCGCAGACAGUGCUGUAUACGCGGGUCUCAUCCUGUGGUGUAUCUGAAUCCCAUCACGUCUCACACCUGAUCUGUGCUCCGCAAUCACUCAACCAUUUGCCCCGGCGCAUUCCAAGUCCGGGCUCAAGACACCGUUGAAUUGCUGAACCAGCAAAUAUCACCUCUUCUCAACAUUGGGGAAAUCGGAUAGCAUCAGCCUUACUCAAGCUGUGCGCCCCACCCCCAGCGUCAUCGCCAUCGCCAUCGCCAUCGCCAUUAUCCCCGGCUUUCAUUAACCGCCCAUUCCCCCCACCGGUGGCGGCCCUCGUGUGCACGACUCAAAUAGAGGCGCAUUGGAUUCAACAGAAUCCAGUAUCAAAAGGGCACUCGAACGCAAAGUCAUUUGUCAUUAAACCCAGACAGGGUCCUCCGUUGGCGUGAUCCGAUCCGGACUACCUGAGAUAAAAUAUAAAACUAUAAUAUCUAUAAGUUAGCUCUUCGCUACCGUCACAAUGAGUUCCAUCAGGCAAGCAGCAGAGUCUAUUCGGUCGAGGACCUCAGACGUCAUGAACUCCGUUAAGAGAAGUGAGACGGCUGCCAAGGCCUCCGACAUUAUCCACACUCCAUACAUGAAAGCUGCUCUGCCCUUCAUCAAUGGAGGCAUCAGUGGAAUGGUAGCCACUACCGUGAUCCAGCCAGUUGACAUGGUAAAGGUCCGCAUCCAGCUUGCUGGUGAGGGCACUUCCGGAGGGCCAAAGCCAACUGCGUUAUCUGUCACUCGACAGAUCAUCUCCAGUGGAAAGGCUCUCGACCUGUAUACUGGCCUAUCAGCUGGUCUUCUUCGACAAGCUGUAUACACAACCGCUCGACUGGGUUUCUUCGACACUUUCAUGAAAAGGCUAGCAGAACGGGCAAAGGCUCAGGAUCGAAGUGUCGGCUUCGCAGAUCGCGCAACUGCUGGUUUGGCAGCUGGUGGUUUGGCAGCCAUGUUUGGUAACCCGGCCGAUCUGGCGCUUAUUCGAAUGCAAAGCGAUGGCCUAAAACCCAUUGCAGAGCGCAAGAACUACAAGUCAGUUGUAGAUGCGCUGGGAUCCAUCGCCAAGGGUGAAGGUAUCGCUGCUCUCUGGGCUGGCGCCGCACCAACUGUGGUUCGUGCCAUGGCUCUCAACUUUGGCCAGCUCGCCUUCUUCAGCGAAGCCAAGGCCCAGAUGAAGAAGAACACGGAUCUGUCCGCUCGAGCCCAAACCCUUAGCGCCAGUGCUAUUGCGGGCUUUUUCGCCAGUUUCUUCAGUCUCCCAUUCGACUUUGUCAAGACGAGAUUGCAGAAGCAGUCAAAGGGUCCCGAUGGCAAGCUUCCGUACAAGGGCAUGGCCGACUGCUUCACCAAGGUAGCCAAACAGGAGGGCGUCUUGAGAUUUUACCGAGGAUUUGGAACGUACUACGUCCGCAUUGCCCCUCAUGCUAUGGUAACCCUCAUCGUUGCCGAUUAUUUGGGCUGGUUGACAAAAUGAAUGAGUUUGAAGCGCGUAUUUGGUAUUGAAUGGCGUUGAUAUCGUGGUGGUUUUUUGCUUCUGUUCUGCUUGUAUGGUGUUAUCCUGUGUUGCGUGCUUAACUUUGAUUGAGUGCUUAUGGAGUUUCCAAGAAGUCACUGUGGGAUCCUGGACUUAUUGAUAGCAAGGAAGUAUGUUUAUUCGAGUCUAUCAGUGAUAGAUAUCCUAGUAGAUUUCAUGCUGCCGUAUAUUUUUUUGUUCUUGUCUUGCGCAAUAUGACAUGAAAUUACCUUCCUG